CUUUCAAAUAAUCGCAUCUCGCGCUUAGCCACGCAAAAACGGCAGCAGGCUCUCUUCGACUUCUCCAAAGUUUGAUAAUGGGCUCUACUACAGUUACGUUGAUAUCCGGGAGCCCAAGUAGUGAUUGAGGCAUGCUGGUCUGAAAUUUGGAAUUCACUAUUGCCUUUACCUCCUUAACGAGAUCAUGGACAGCUCGUUCGGCUGGCACGCCAUUCCUAGGCAAUAAGAGUGCGGACUCCUCGUUCAUUUGUGUUCAGGAAGACUUAGUCAAACGUUCGGGAAAUGUGGACACGUAAUGAGAGUGACGACAAAUGACGCCUCCAAAUCGUCUACUUUUUAAAAGGGUCUGUGACCCAACAAAAAAAUGGAUUCACUGGUUCAGUCGUAUAAGAAUUUCGAAAUGGCUUCCAUUCCCCAGCCCGAUUUACCAGCAACCAUGCGCGUUUUGCAAAUGUCUGGAUACGGAGGCUACGACGUACUGCAGUAUGUAGAAGCAAAAGCUCCACGACUCUUAUAUCCCACCGAUAUCAUUAUUCGAGUUCACGCUGCAGGAGUUAACCCUGUAGAAGACAAAGCUCGUCAAGGAAAUAUGGCCCUACUUAUGAGGUUGACCUUCCCGUACGUUCUUGGCCGUGAUUUUUGUGGAACAAUUGUUAGCAAAGGAGACGAAGUAAAAAACUUCAACAUUGGCGAUGAAGUUUUCGGCACUUUGCCCGACCCUUCUGGCGAGAACGGAAGUGGAACUUAUGCGGAAUAUGCUCGAGUACCAGCAACCAAAGCAGGCAUUGCCGUGAAACCAGCAAACGUCUCCGCAAUUGAUGCCGGUGCAGCAGGCAUUGCGGUAUUUACAGCAUGGAGAGGAAUUGUUCAUCAUGGAAAAGUCAAAACAUUAUCGUCGCCCAAAGUCGUCGUCAUCGGUGCAUCCGGAGGUGUUGGUAGCUAUGGUGUACAGAUUGCAAAGGCUUUUGGAGCUUAUGUUAUUGCAAUUUGCAGUGGUAAAAACGCUGAAUUGGCAAAAAAGCUUGGCGCUGAUCAAGUUCUGGAUUACACAAUUGAAAACAGUAUUCGGGAGUUUUCUCUACAAGAGAAAGACGCUGUUGACAUCAUAUUUGAUGCUGUAGGUGGAGAGGAUUACUGGAAUCUACUUUCAGCAACCCUAAAGCCGUCUGGGGUCUACUCGUCAGCCGUAGGGCCAAUCGAGCACAGUGGGUCUCAAAGAGUUGGCUUUAUGGACAUAGCAAAGACACUCUCUAGCAUCGCAGGACAUAAGAUGUUUGGAUCAAGAAAAUACCAAUUUAUCUACUCUCUACCAUAUGAGGAUAUGCCUGAAAUUACAACUCUUUUCGAGGAAGGCAAAAUCAAAUCCUAUGUCCCUGAAGAUCAAGUAUUUCCGCUCAAAGAUGGUGCUAAAGCCCACGAACUAAUAGCAAGCCAUCGUGCCAAAGGAAAAGUUGUCCUUGUUAUGAAUUAAAAACAUUUUAUAUGCUAUAAUCGUCUUUAUUACAAAAUAAACAGUGUGCGAAAAGAUCCGUUUUCACCUCAAAAA